UGAAAAACACACCAAAAAAACUGAGAUGUCACGAAACAGUUGUUUAUAUAACUCAUUAUGCUUUUUGUGCAUUAUCUUUGUAGGAUUGCACAAUGCAAACGGAAAUAUUGGCAUAGCUAAAAAAAAUGUACUUUUGUUGUUGGCUGAUGAUGCUGGAUUUGAAAUGCGAUCCUACUUGAAUAAUAUCUGUCAGGCACCUAAUUUGGAUAAAUUAGCAAAAGAAAGUUUAUUGUUCAAUAAUGCAUACACUUCAGUCAGUAGCUGUUCACCAAGCCGUUCUGCAAUAUUGACUGGAUUACCAAGUCACCAAAAUGGAAUGUAUGGUCUUCAUCAUGGAAUUCAUCACUUCAAUUCUUUUGAUGAUAUUCAAAGUUUGCCUAAAAUAUUAAAGAGAAACAACAUACGAACAGGAAUUAUUGGUAAAAAGCAUGUAGGUCCCAGUAAUGUUUAUCCCUUUGAUUUUGCAUAUACAGAAGAGAAUAAUUCUAUUCUUCAAGUGGGUCGUAACAUUACUUAUAUCAAGUUAUUAGUUCGUGAGUUUCUCUCACAAAAUAGAACACAACCCUUUUUUCUACUCGUUGCCUUUCAUGAUCCACAUCGCUGUGGGCAUACUCAUCCAGAGUAUGGUAAUUUUUGCGAAAAAUUUGGCAAUGGUGAUGUCGGAAUGGGUGUAAUUUCUGAUUGGAAUCCAAUAUAUUAUCAAUGGGAACAAGUCAAAGUACCUUAUUAUGUUCAAAAUACUGAAGCUGCUAGGAGAGAUAUUGCUGCUCAGUAUACAACAAUAUCUCGUUUAGAUAAAGGUGUUGGUCUUGUGCUUGAAGAAUUGAAAAAUGCAGGCUUUAAAGAUAAUACAUUAGUGAUUUAUACAUCUGAUAAUGGCAUACCUUUUCCGAAUGGUCGCACAAACUUGUAUGAUCCAGGUUUGGCUGAACCCAUGAUGAUUUCAUCACCAAUUCACAAUCAUAGAAAAAAUAGUGUGACAUAUAGUAUGACAUCUUUACUGGACAUAGUACCAACUAUACUUGAUUGGUUCAAUAUAAUUUACAUGGAUCAAUUAUCAGAUGCUAAUGAACUGUCCUCUCUGCAACUUACAGGCAAAUCACUUCUGCCAUUAUUUCUUAAAGAACCAACAGAAAAUAAUACAGCAAUCUUUGCUAGCCAGGCGCAUCAUGAAGUUACCAUGUAUUAUCCUAUGCGUGCAAUUAGGACCAAACGCUAUAAACUUAUACAUAACAUCAAUUACAAAAUGCCGUUUCCUAUUGAUCAAGACUUCUAUAUAUCCCCGACCUUUCAGGACAUUUUAAACAGAACACGGACCCAUCAAUCGCUACCAUGGUACAAAACAUUAAAGAAAUAUUAUGAUAGACCAGAAUGGGAAUUAUAUGAUUUAAAAUAUGACCCAGAGGAAUUAAAUAAUAUAGCUUUAAAAUUAUCGGCCAAAAAUAUAUUUUUUGAGCUUCAAGAACGGUUGUCCAAUUGGCUAAAAGUAACAAAGGAUCCAUGGCUAUGUGCACCAGAUGGUGUUCUGGAAAAUAUUGGAUAUGAUAAAGACAAUCCCCAAUGUAUGCCACUGAACAAUUUAGACAAUUUUCUUUCUAACAUUUAUAACAAUUAAAAUAACAUUUAUAUCUUAUUUUUAUUUUGAUAAUUUUUUAUUG